UGAGAGGAUUUGUCCUUAUUAUGUCAACUCAUAUCGCCUAGAUAUGAAUACAAUGUUUCUGUUUUAUCAAUAUUGAUUGCUGAAUGAUCUGGCAUGUGAAUUAAUUGGACCAAACUCCAAUCCAAAAAAUAAGAAUGACGAAUCUCCAUUUCAUCACCCAUGCUGUCAUGCUGUCUAUUUUGGCAGUAGUUGUCAAGAAAUAUAUAGAUCUGAGGUCACUUGUAGAGGAUUUACAAAUGGACUGCUAUCCACACCCCAUUCUCUCUCAGCCCCCAAGCCCACCACUCUCUCAUCGCCCCCAGCCUGGAGACCAUAUAGGAAAUAUUGAAAAAGAUAUAAACUACAUUGCUACAAGUCAGUCUAGCUUUGAAGAAUCUGCCAGCAACCAGGAUAUUGACAACUUAGGGGCAACAAAGUAUGACAGUGAAAGGGUUUAUUCCCAUAAAGAUAAAUUUUCUGGGACAGACUUUAGUAGUAAAUCAGACCAGUAUUUUGAAACAGACCUUAUUCAAAGUAGUCUGGCAAUUUAUAGCAACAAAGCAGAAGGAGAAGCUCAGAGUGGAAAGUAUUUUGAAGAAUAUGAGCAAACCAAAGCUUCAAGCCCAGAAACAUCAAGUGUUUUAUCUUUGAGCAGUGAGUCUUUAGGUGAAGGUCACACUAACAAGAAGACAUCAGAGAUGGAUGUUGAUGGAAGUGUGCAUGCCAUAGUAACUGACAAAUCACAUAAGAACGAGAAAUCAUCACAGAAUGAUAUAUCACAAAUAGCGACCUCUGUAUGGUGUCAUGGCAGUUCAGAAAUAAGAAAAAUGUGUCGUUUUAAGAACCUAUGUUACAGCCCUUUGAAAGAAACUUUCUUCUUUUAUCACAGUGAUCAAAGUGUGGUGGAUAGAUCACAACUUGGUAAAAACAGCAGGCCAUGGCUACAUCUUUCUACUGUUGUUGGUUACAAUGGUCAUACUGCUAACUUAGUAGAUGUCAGGUCAUCAAUGUUUAAUAAUUCAAAGGUCAGGUGGAUCAAGGGUCAAAGCAUGAUCUUCAGUAGGUUUAAACCUGACAAUAUCAUGCAUGUUCUCCAUGAUGAUAUUUUCCCACUACACUUCACACUGAAUUUCAUCAGUGGACAAAAUUCUUUGGACAAGUAUGAUGUCCAGCUGGUGUUCGUGGAAGGAUGGGAUCGUGGGGACUUUGCAGACUUGUAUACCCUCUUCACCACUAAACCUCCUAUGUAUGUCACAGACUUCAGUCAGGAACAAUCGCUUUGUUUUGAGUAUUCUUACGUUGGAUUGUCAAUGGAAACUGUAUGGUACAAAUAUGGCUACCUUUUACCCCAGGCACCUAUAGAAGGCACAUCAGCCUCAGGAUUUCUCAUACACAGCACAGUUAAUUACAUUGUCAGUCAACUCAAUAUACUAAACCCUCCCAACAUGGUACUUUCUUCUGGUGAUUAUUUUGUUCUGCUCUCUAGGAAAGACAAUCGCCUCAUUAUCAAUGAAAUGGAACUGAUGCUUUCUCUUUCUGCUGAUGUAAACAUGAAAGUGUUCAUGCUAAGUUUGGAAACUCACAGCUUUAGAGAAAUCAUACAGUAUGUUAAAUUUUCCCGUGGUCUUGUUGGAAUGCAUGGAUCACUUAUGUCACUUGCUGCCUUUCUGAAGCCUGGAUCCUUUGUUAUUGAGUUGUUCCCUUAUGCUGUCUCUCCUGAAAAGUACUCUCCUUUCAGGACUCUAGCUGAGUUACCAGGGAUGGAGCUGGUCUACUCAGCCUGGCAGAACAUGGAUAAAUCAAAAUCUGUAGGACAUCCCGACUGGUCAGCAGACAUCGGGGGUAUCAGUCAUUUAUCAUCACAAGAGCAGGCAGCCAUAGUGGCAGAGACUGAAGUGCGGGAGCACCUUUGUUGUAGUGACCCUUCCUGGUUGUACCACAUUUAUCAGGAUACAGAGGUAGAUAUUCCCACCAUCACCAGACUUGUCACAACAUCUUUGAAUGCACCAGUUGCUAGUGAGGAUCUUCGUAUGUUUCCAGCCAAGGUGGCCAACAUCCAAUGUGAUAAGAUUAAUUCUGAGUCUGAUGCCAAAGACAGAAAUAUAAAACAAUUAGGAAAUGUAGAAAAGGGAUCUAUGGUGUUUAAUAUACAGUGGGAACCACCAGAAAAUUUGGACUGUUUAGAUUUUAGUAGUAUAAAUUAUGAGGUGAGAGUAGUACAAGCUGGUGUGGAUGACAUACUAUUCAUAGUGUCAGGUACAUCUCUUCUGGUAUCAGCUUCUGAUACAGGGCCCACAGUAAAAGUUUGGGUGAAGGCUGUCACUGACAGUAACAUUGGGGGACUGCACAGUCACACGCAGUGUUUAAUAACUUAAAACCAGGGUAUAAAAAGAGAACUUAGGUGAAGGCCAUCACUGACAGUAUGACUUCAGGACUGUACAGUAGUGAUUAGAUGAUGAUCAGAUAUAAUUCAUCAUCUAAUCGUUUUACCUUGAUUGAUGCCAUGAAAACAAUGAAAAUUUUCCAUAAUAGAUUAUUGAUACCUUAAUAUUUUCUUGUAUUUUAACUAAAAAGAAAAUCAUGUUAUGCAUAUUAAGAUGUCAGUUGUCAAUAAUAUUCAUUCCACUGUAAAUUCUAGGUAAGUAAGGUAUUUUGCAUUUCACAUUUUGCAAUGACAUUUUCCAGGGGUGCAGAGAGCAAAAAUGAUCGUAACCCCUGGAGUAUCGAGGAUGUUCAGACUUCUUUGUUACUUUUGCUAAGUUGUACUGUUUCAUUGUAUUUUACAAUUACAUUUGUAAACAAUUUGACCUGGAUGACCAGGUGAUCACAUUCUCAGCUGCCCUGGGCAGAUGAUCUUAUCGCUUUACCAUCUUUGUACUGAUGGAAUGAGGGAAGGGAGGUAACUGUUUGAGGUAUCGGAAUAAUGGAGUCAUUGCUGUAAGCAAAUUCAAUUUCAUUAAUUCAAUUAUUGAGAAAAAAAGGGCAAAUAAUGCCAUUUAUUUCUGCUUUCAGUUGAUUAAUUUAAAUUCCAAUAUCUAAAAUUUUACUUUUGAAAAUUUCAAACCUGAACUAAUUUGAAUGCUGGGUAGAUGAAACUUACAAUUUCCACACUUUACUCCUUACAGAGUAAAAUUAAUUUUCAUCUAAUGAUAGCAUUUGAAUCUCAAACUCUCGAAAUGAAGAUUAAGGUGCAUCAUACAGAAUAGGAGUAGGUAAAACAGCUUAUUUGAUACUGAAAUUGAAAUAUAAUACUCACUUUAUUGUUCUAAGCCUUUGUGUGUAUAUAUAUAUAUAUGAUACCAUUUACAUAUCAACACUUUGUAUGGUAUAUGAAUUUUUUUGUAAUAUUUCGUAUGAGAUUCUAUGAGACAAGUCAGAAGAGAUUUUAUU